GCCCCUCGGCCUUCCAGAGACCAGAGGAGCUCAUCCCGUGUCCUCUCUCUGCCGUACCUCGCCAGCGUUGCCUCCUUCUCCGCCUCCGCCCUCACGCGCUUCCCGAUGCACCGCCUCCCUGCUGCUCCUUCCCGCUCAGCAGCUGUCCGCCCACACAUCUCCCCUGCGCCGCCCUACCUUGGACUCCGGCGACAACAUGGUCGGGUGGCCAUGGCGAAUCGGGGCUGCGAAUUCGAAUCCCGGUUUAGAUCGACCGAUCAGCUUUCAAUUUCUACCAAUGGAGUGGGCAUGAAGCCAUUUGGUGUUGGUGCCAAAAUUUCAACAAAACGUGCAAAUGGGAAUACUCGGGUUGAAGAGUUAAACUUGAGAUCAAAUCAGACAGAGGGGCUUGUAGAAACAGACGAACCUGUUACUUCCCCAAAGAGGAGCGCUAAGAUCCAUGAUUUUUGCUUCGGGAUCCCUUUCGGUGGUCUUUUGUUCUGCAUGGGGCUUCUAGGAUAUUUUUUCUCUAGGAGUACCAUAAGUCUUGUCUUAGGUGUUGCACCUGGGCUUGCUACACUCUUUCUUGGCAUCCUUAGUUUAAACUUUUGGAAGCGCGGAAGAUCCAGCUUCCUCUUUAUAUUGGGCCAAGCAGCAAUUUCUGCUGUCCUAGCAUGGAAGUAUUCUCAUGCUUACUUACUGACGAAUAGAAUCCUCCCCUGGGGCUUCUACGCUUCACUGAGCACUGCGAUGGCAUGUUUCUAUGCGUAUGUGCUGCUUGCUGGAGGAAAUCCGCCUCCCAAGAAGUUAGCGGGGGCAUCACUGUCAUAAAACAGGAAACUGGCACUGAAGUGUAGUAUCAUAACUUGAUUUGGCCUUUGUGCUCCAUAAAAUGCUGUGACUGCAAGUACAUAAGAAUUUUGAUCAUUGUAUAUUCCCUAAUCUUUGCUUCGCUUCUGGCGAGGCUCUUCCACUUUGGUUGAACCAUCGAGCAAAUAACUCUGGCUGGAUGGUGGUUGUAAUGGUCCAGCCGAUGAACAUAUGGUUUUCUUUCUCCUUCAACAUGAUCGAGGAUGUUGUGACAAUGA